CGUAAACUUUUAUCUAUCGGUGCGCGAUCGGCGGCGGAGCCCCGUCGAUUUUAGUUUAGUCGGUGCGUUUGUGUUUUUGUGUUUGGACAAAUGUAGCGGCGGACCGCGUGGCCCGGCGCACUUUGACGAGAGGCACGAGAGCAACGAGUUCACUUAUCAUUUUUUUUUUUUAUACAUUAGCGAGACAUGGGUCCCGAACCCCUGAACACCGACAGCCUCAACUACUUGAGGACCAUCCUGAUCAAGUCGCUGUCUUCGGAGAAUGUGGCGCACAGUGAUUUGGUGAAAGUGCGUCGGUACAAUAAAAAUUUUCAAAAACCCAACGUUAAAACGGACGCAGUCGAUAAGGAAUUAAGAUUAAGGAACUUGAAGGAACGACAAAAUGAGGAACGACAAAGGAAACUGGAAGAAAUCAAAGCACAAGCACUCGCAGCACAAAGAUACAAGGAGCAACAGGAACAAGAGCGCAGACGCAGAACGGAGGAGAUGAGAUUGAAGGAGGAGGCGCGUAGGGCCCAGGUUGAGGAGAGGAAGCGGGCGAUCGACGACGCCGAACGGGAUCGAUUGCAGUCGAUAAUGAGGAGGAACACGGAGAGGGAGGCGAGGAUCGAGGCGAAACGCAGGAACGAGAAGAGCAACAUUGUGUUCGCGUUCGGGUCGUCCACGCCUAGGAUGCUGGACCCGAUCGAUCCGUCCGUGUCGUUUUGGGGACAGAGGAGGGCGACCUCGACGCAAAACAUACCGCUGACCUCGUCCUCAUCACUGACCAGGAGGCAGUCCGAGAGGGAUCUCGACUUUGGAAACAAGAAACGUGCCACUUCUGCUGGCGGAUUGGAGCGUUCUGGUGAAACAGGUAGUACCCCCACGACGCCCGCAGGCUGUGCGAGUGGAUAUACGGGCCGUAGGCGUACGGACUUAACGCCCACAAUACUAUCUUCUAGAGACUCGUCAUUCACGUCUUCCCGCAAAUCGCUAAACCAAUCGCCAGGUAGGGCAUACUCGAUGACCCGUUUAGAUCAGCUGUCCAAGCCGAGGAAAAGGCCCGAUAUGCCCGCCCUGUCCGAGUCAUCGUUCACAUCCCGUCCUUUAUCCUCGACCCAUCUAUCCUCGGUAACACGUAGCAUGAGCCACCUAGCUGUAAGUAAAGGUCCCACCUCGCCAAGUAGGAAGCCACUAAAUAAGACAGAUAGCAGAAGUAUGCAUCAGUUAAACGUUGAUGGACUGGCUCCGCCGAGGAGCACGCGCGCCACUCAAUUAAGACAGCAGAAAUUGUAUGCAUCCUCUAACUGCAGCGAGGCAUCAUCAAGACCGAGUAGUUCUAUGAGCCAACAGAGCACAACUAGUAUAGCUAGUUCGGUGAACGUUAGGCAUCGACCAAAUGUGACCAGGAAACAGCGACCGGUCAGUAUAGCUGUGACCGGAGUGUCUGUUAACGAGCCAAGGAACUACCAUCACGAUAAGGACAACAAACCUCCAAUACCCAGACAGAGGAAGUCCAUAAGUAAACCGAGUGACAACAAGACCACGGCCACCAAGGCUAAGCCAAAAUCACCGGUGGACAACACACAGAAGACGCUGACGUCCACCAACAACACCAAUCAAAUAGUUAAUAACAAAGUUAAAAAGGACCCGGACGAUAAUAAAACACAAAAACCGCCAGACACAACUGCCUCAGAAGCCAAAACCGAACCUCAAAUCAUAGAAAAUCCUCCGGAGAAUAAAGAAAACACCGCACCAAAUGAUACAAUCAAAGAAAACAAAGUAGUUAGCGAAACAAUCGACAGCCAGCCGGAGAAGGGCGACGCCGAAAAGGAGGUGCCCGAAGCGGAGCUGAUCCAAGUGGCGAGCGAAGAGAAGCCCAAACCCGCCGAGCCCGCGAAACAGCAGGAGGCGCCGGUGCCGGCGGUCGCCGAGCCCGCGCCCAAGGAGAAAACGCCACCGCGCGACGAGAAGUCGCCACCACGCGACGAGACCAACAAUGAGAACGGCCCGGCGUCGAACAACGUGGACGCCACCGCCAACAACGAGAUGACCAGUUCGAUGACGAAGUCGAGGAUCACGACGGAGGAGGAGGCGAAGGCGGCGCUGGCCGAACGGCGACGUCUGGCCCGCGAGGAAGCCGAGCGCCAGGCCGAGCUGGAGAGGCUCAGGGUGGAGGCGGAGAUACAGGCGGAGCAGGAGCGACAGCGGAAGGAGGAAGAGCAAAUUCGGGCGCUGAUCGAGGAGCAGAAGGCCCAGGAGGAAAAGAGAUUGCAAGAGGCUAUUCUCGAAGCACAAAAGAGAGAAGAAGAGGAGCGGUUGAAGCGGGAAGAGGAGGAGAGGCUGAAGUUGCUGAAGGAGGAGGCGGAGAAGCGGGCGAGGGAGGAACAGGAGAGGCUGAAGGCGGAGCUGGCGGAGAGGCUGAAAAAUGAAGAGAAGGAGCGCGAGAUGCGACGCAAGCGUGUGGAAGCCAUCAUGUCUAGAACCAGAGGAAAAACGAAUUCCAAUUCGCCACAAAAUUCCGAAGAUAAAAAUGAGAAUAAGUCUGAAAACGAGUUGAAUGGAACGAAGCCGGCGGAAGAGAACGGCACUAAGAACGGCAAGGACGUGGAAAUUGUUGAUAAUAUAAUUCCAGAUGAAUCGGUUAAGAACGCGAAUAAUGUAACAAUAGACACAAUAAAUAGCACGGAUUCGAUAAAUUCAAAUAAUUCAUGGCAGGCCACACCACAGUACGGUAAUGUCAUUAUGAAUAACAAUAGUUGAAGGAAACAAUUAUCCGUAUUUUUCAGAUUCAUUGAUGUAAGCCUCUGAUGUAGUAAUAUAUAUAAAUAUUAUAAUAAAUGAAUAUAGAAUUGCCCUUAUCCCAAUAAUUUUUGAAAUUAAUUUAUUUUAUAUUGCAUGAGUUAUAUACACUCAUAGGUAGUUAGUUAGGUUCUAGUUAAGUUAAUAUCAAAUUAUUAAUGUCUGCACUAUGUGUGUAUAUAUCCUGAUGGUGCAAAAAAAAGAAGAAUGGCAACUUCUUAUUGGUUAUACAUAUGUUAUUAAUAUAUCCCAUUUUAUUAAUUUAUACAAGUCUAGUUUGUAGAAAUCCCACGACGAUGCUUUUGCUUUUUUGCAAACUUAUACCGACACACGAUUAUGAAAAAAAGUACACAAGCACUCUGUUAUGUGUAAUACUUUAAAUAAUGCCCCUAAAGUCACACCAACAUUAAUUUUAAACCGGUUAUAAAAAAUUACAUAUGAAUAGAAAAUAGAAAUGUUGAUGGUGGUGUGGUUUAGGGGAGGGCAUAAAUUGAACACACGCAAUAAUUUACCUAACCUAAGUAUAUUUAGAUUAGUUUAGAUAGAUAAUCAAUUUGAAAGACUAUGAAUUUUUGUAUUUUUUUAAAUUAUUAAUUAUUAUUGAAUUAAUACAAUGGGGUAUGUGUGUAUUUAUACAUGUGACUGAGAAAAAUAAUCUGUUCUACUAUGAUUUGUCCCGAUCUAAAGCAAUAUACAAUGUGAUUUUCAACAUUUCAGUAUUUCGAGUAUUUGUUUUUGAUCGGGAGGAAAUGAGAAAAUUUUUUUCUUCCAGCUCGGUCGAUACUAGUCAUCUUGAUUUUAUGUUAAAUUUGUUGUGUAAUGUUAUUAUAUACUGCUAAUUGUUGGAAAUUUUAUACUAUCAUCCAACUAAUAUAUAUACCAGGCCGUAAAACGAUUUUACUGCAUUUUAAGAGUAUUAAAUUCAUGUUUUUUUGUUGAUAAUGUCACGGAAAAGGGUCAUUUUGUUAUUAGCCUAAAUAAUAUAUUUUCAAAUACUGUUUCAUUAAUGGAAAUCUGUUAGUGUGUUAUAGGUUUUUGUAUAGAUUAGAUUUAAAAAUGGUUAACAAUGACAUACGACAGUAAUUAAUUAGUAUGAAGAAAAAAAAAUCUUUCCUAUAACUCAAUUAGAGGGUAUAAUAUCCAUUGUGUAUUAAAUUUACUACUUAUGGCAAUUAUAUGAAAUUGAAUAUCCAUUUAAAUCCCUUUAUGUGGUUUUCAAACACAGUAAAACGCUUGUUAAAAGUGCUUAAUAAAUGUAAAAUUUAUUUAUGAUUCUA